AUGGAUUAAGUCUAUGGAUAUGAUUGUUCAAGUAUGAUAAUAAAAUAUAAUUUCAAUUCAUCACAAAUUAUCUGUGCUUUAGCCUUGAAUAAUAUCCCAAGCAUUAGCCAAGUUAGCCCUAAUCUGACAUUUCCUAGUUCUAACUGCUAAAGUAUUAAAUCUGUUCCAAAUGGUGCUAUGUUUUAUGGGAUAGGAGGCGAUAGCUGUGACUAUACAUUUCCUAUAGUUUAUAAAUAUAAUAGCACUCCAUAUUAUGCUUAAAGAGUCUUCAUUUUCCCAGUUCAAUGGGUUUUUUAAUCUAAUAGUAGCUGUCCAACAAUAAAUGCUUCUAUUUCUGUUAAUAAUUUAGCUCCAAAAUCUACAAAUUUUCCUCCAUCUGCUUACCUUAGUCCUCAAAGUUUAUGUGAUUACUAUUCAAGUAACCUAGUUUUUGAUAAUCUUAAUCAAUUAGUUACUUAAAUUUCCUUCUAUCCUGGCUAGUAUACAAAAUAUAUUGAAUAGCUUUACAUAUUGAUAUUUAAGUGCCCUUUAGGUUGUAGUUCAUGUGAUAAUAGUAUGCUAAAUUGUCAAAGUUGUAUUGAUGGAUACUAUUUAGUAGGAAGUUCUUGCUUGAAGUGUGAUUUAAAUUGCUUAACUUGUGUGAAUUAUUCUAUUUAUUGUUUAUCAUGUCCAACUAACACAUACUUAUACACAGAUAACUCUUGCUAAUCAUGCUAAAACACUGGUGUCUACAUCAGUGGUGUUAAUUGUUUUAAUUGUGAUUAAACUUGCUUGAAUUGUAACGGCUCUUUACCAACUAAUUGCUUAACAUGUCCUGUUGGAAAAUAUUUACAUGAUGAUUAAUCAUCUAUAAUUCCUCCAUAAGUGAUGAUUCUAUGUAGUUGA